CAACAUGGCUGCUGAAACUUUCCCUCUUUUGAUGCGAAUAGUUUCUGCAUCUGUAUCAGUAUCUAAACGGGCCGGAAAUAUUAUAAGAGAUGUUUUGAAAAAGGGAGAACUUGGGAUUGUUGAAAAGGGUAAAAAUGACCUUCAGACUGAGGCAGACAGAUCAGCACAGCGAUGUAUUGUGGCUUCACUACACAGACAGUUUCCAAAGGUGGCCAUAUUUGGAGAAGAGCAACUCAGUCCAUAUGAAAAAAUAGAUGAAUCGAUGAUAGAAGCAGGAUUUGCUGAAGAAGUCCUAAAAGAAACCUGCCCAGAAAACUUGCGAAAAGUUGAAGAUGAGGAGAUUGUGAUAUGGGUAGAUCCUUUGGAUGGAACAUCAGAAUUUACACAAGGUCUGCUUGACCAUGUUACGGUGUUGAUAGGUAUUGCUGUGAAGGGCAAGGCCAUGGCUGGAGUGAUCUACCAGCCUUACUUCAACUACCAGGCUGGCCCAGAUGCUACUGUUGGACGAUGUAUCUGGGGUGUUAUAGGACUGGGAUCCUUUGGAUUUGAGAAAAGAUAUCCACCAGAAAACAAGAACAUAAUUACAACCACACGAUCUCAUUCCAACAGAAUGGUGACAGAAGCCGUUGAGGCUUGUGAGCCAUCGGAGGUUGUAAGAGUCGGGGGAGCAGGUCAUAAGGUGUUAUUGCUCAUUGAAGGCAAAGUUCAUGCGUAUGUUUUUGCUAGCAAAGGCUGCAAAAAAUGGGACACCUGUGCUCCUGAGGCAGUGCUCCAUGCAAUUGGUGGAACUCUCACAGACUUGUGUGGAGUGCCAAUGCAGUACCACCACCAAGUACAGAAGGGAAACUUUGGUGGAGUGCUGGCAACUUUACAGAAGCAUGAGUGGUACGUCAGCAAAAUCCCCAAUGAAAUCAAAGAUGCUUUCAGACAAGAACCAGAUGGCGGGCCAGUUCAGAUGACAAGACUUUAGACUUUGAGUAUCAUUCUGUUAUUAAUCUAGUUUAUACAUUGGUCCAGGCUACUGGAAGCAGUCCCAGCCAGUGAGAUAUUUAAAAUUCUUAUUUAUUGUAGAAUCUGAAAACCUAGUUGGUUGGAUGAUGAGUCCGAUUUGGUUUUUGUAUGUCAGUGUCAAAGUUCUGUGGUGGUUGUUGUGUUGUACUGUGAUUAUUUUGUAAAUUAUUUUUUAUUCUAAUUCAGCAUAUAUGUUAGAACGAAUCUAAUUGGAUCUUUACUAAAAUUUGAGAUGGUAAAAACCUUCCUUCUUUUUCUUUUUUUUUUGACUACAGAUUUUAAAAGUCAAACUACAUCAUAAAUUAAACAAAGAACUAUGUAAUGACAUUAGGGAGAUUUUACAUAUGGAAUUGGUUAAAUAUUUAAUAAUUUUAAAGCCAGAAAUAAAAAUUUAUUGAUUUGGCUUUCUCAAUAUACGAGAGGUAAAUAAACAUCUCAAAUUAUAUAUGUUUAUUGGGUUACCGUAUGAUGUCGUCAGCUGGUGACAUUUGUAAUGGUUAUUUUUUUAAUAGACAAUCAGACAAUUUGCUAUCAAAAUCAACAAAAAAUGGUUAAUUAGAAUAGGGAUAACCCUAAUGUGUUUAUUCUAGUCAACAUGUAUCACCAAUAGAACGAAAUUGGCAACAGUGAAAAGCAUCAGCAAAUUGGAAAACACAGUAGAGUUAUCCCCAAACUGUUUGUACUCUUCUGUUUGUCUGUGUAUCUAAUCAGUUUUUAAAUUAUGUCAGGUGCAGGCUGUUUUGGAUGUUUUUUGUUUUUUUAGUAAAUCAUGAUCAAAACUGAAAGAUCACAAAAUGGGAAUUUCCACAUUUUCUGGUUUGUCUGUUGGUGCUUCGAAAUUAUAAAUUCUGAGAAAUAGUGACCCAAAUAUACCACAAAAGUGUCAAUAGUUACUAAACAAUAAAAAACAGAAUUGUAAUUUUGUCUUAAUAGAGACAACAUAUCCUUGAUUUUGCAUUUUAAAAAAUAUAUUGUCUUCACUUCAUUCUUUCAAAACAUGUUUUUGGUUUAUGCAUUGUUAUGUAGGGUAUAUACUGGUACAGACAUUUAAAAAAAAGAAAGCAAAUUAAAUUGUGCUGUUUGAAAUUAUGAUGUACAGUGAAACCCCGCUAUUGCGACCAUCAGCAGGACUUAUUAAAAUUUGUCUUAAUAGUGGGAUGGUCCUAAUACCAAAUUACCAACAUUCAAAAUGAUGAUUGUUUGGUAAAUAUUGAUUGUGAAUUUUAUGCCCACCAUUCAUUUUGGUUGCCGUCAGUAAUGUGUAAACUGAUUAAAAAAAAUUGACGAUGACAGUGUACCCGGUAUUAACAUUUACAUUAAAAUACAAGAAUAAUCAAUUGUCAAACCUGCUUCAGUUAUUUGUGAGCAUGGACUGUUCUUUUUCUUAAUUAUUACACAAUAGAAAUUAACAACUGUCUAAACAAAUGACACCCUCCUGACGUUUUAGGACAUCCAGUGUCCCAAAGGUAAUACAAACACAUGAAUUCUGUUUCACUUGGCAGCUAAUCAUUGCAUUUGUUGUCAGUUUCUGUGAGCAGUAAAGUUCUAGGAUGGUGUGACAUUUGCUUUUAUAAAAAAAAACAUGUUACUCUGUGUAAAUGUUAGGGUACUUUUAAACAUUAUUGUGAGCAAGUUAUACAAAAACAUAACUGUGCGUCGUACCUUCCAAAAAUUAACUAUGACUUCCUAGUUCAAAAGGAAUACCUUUUUCUUUCGAACUAAAUAAAUAUAAGACUAUUUCAUUGCUGGUUUGAGCAAUUAAUUUUAACACCAUAGCCUGGAAAAGUACAAUUAAAUGCUGUGGUCGCAUUAAUGGGGUUCAAAUGCACUGAAAACGAACAUUGGGUCUGACUUUACUGGUCAUAGUCCAUAGUAUCAGGGUGAUCUUAAUACUGGGGUUGUACAACAACAUAUUAAGGAACUUUUCUGGUCUUUAAAAUAUUGGUCUUUAUAGCAGGGUGGUCUUAAAAUGGGGUAGUCAUUAGAUGGAAUUUUACUGUAAUAACAACUUUUUAAAAAAUUACUAAGUAGACAAUAUACAGACAAACCCAGUGUAUUUAUAUAAAUCUUUAAUUUGGAAGCAUAAAUGCCACGUCACACUGGAAUACAUUGUUACUAUGCAUGAUGUGAAGGAUUGUGUGCAUGUGAUAAUAUGAUUAAAUAUUUUUAAUAUUUUGCACUUAAAGGCGAUGCAUGUCAUGUUAUAAAGAAUACAACUUGAAAAAAUAUUGGUGCAUCUUAUAAAACAAGAAAACAUAGCUACUCCAUCAUAAUAACCCAUUUGCUCUGAAUGUGUGUCAUAAAACUACAUAUGAGAAUCCAUAAAUGUCAGAAUAUCUUUAUUGUCUCCUCACGUUUUUAGUGAACUAUCUUGUAUAUUUUUUUGCAUGUACUGCUUUUUUUCAUGUUGCAGCAUUUUCAAAUUUCUUUGAAGUAAAAUAAACAGAUAUUAUGAAAAAUAAAACAUAGCACGUUACUUGUUACUGAGGGCACACAUCAUUUAUUAUCUAAUUAUGAUAUCAGUUUGUUUUUGGUUUUGCUUAACAUUUUACUGGUCAGUCAUCAGUUUAAAUUUGACUGCUCUAAAAUACUUACAGUGAAACCUCUCAAGACCGGACCUUCUGUAAACCAGAAUUCUCUCAAAACUGGAUGUUUCUCACGGUCCCCUUUUAAAUAUCAGUACAAAAGAGAACCUCUCUAAACCGGAUACCCCUUAAAACUAGACUUUUUACUUGGUCCUGAGCAUGUCCGGUUUAGGGGGGUUUCACUGUAGUUUUAACAUUUUAAUUAAACAUAUGCUAGCCAUUGUUAUUUUUUGUAUAGUUUUGGGUGUAAAAUGUAAUCCAAAUCCUUUAAGGUGUAGUCAUUAAUUUUAAAUUUGGAUAUUUACAAAAUCAAAAAUAUGUACCUGUUUUUUGUUUUUUUAAAUUUAUAUUCUGAAUGGUUUCAAAUUACUUUGAUACAUUUUUAUUAUACAAGUUGUAUUUUCUCAGAUCAAUUUGUUAACUUCCUUGCAUAUAUUUAUCCACUUUGUAGUUUUAUAGUUAUACUGUUAAAUUUUGCACCCCUCUGUGUAACUUGUUUGUCGGUGUCUUGUAUUACGGCAUACAGGUGUCUGUGGUGGUGCUGCAUUCUACAAGAAAAUCAUACAUAUUCAUAUUGCUCAAAUUUGAUGGUUAUUUUUAUAGCACAACAAAUGUUAACAUUUAUCAUUAUUUUUAAAAGAGGAAGAGUAAAUUGUAAAUGUUUUUAUUGCUAAACCUUUCAUGGUGUCAAUAAAUUAACAACCUAAUAAUCAAAAAUAUGUUUCAUCUAUACACUUUAUGACAGUUUGAUUGGUUGAACAAUUUUUAUUCUCAUUACAACGAGUAUCAGAAUUUUGGAAAACUUUAAGGAAGGUUAACCGCCCAAAAUUCAAUCACACAUUAUUAAUCCACAAGAUUUUGUGCAUUUCGAAGAAUGUUAUUUACCAUUACUUGCAGUUCAUUCAUUCUCCACUGAUUUUUGAAGUGUAUACCUUUUGUAGUGUAUGGUGUAUGAUUUUAGUGGAAAGUCUUCCAUACUUGUUAAAAAUGUUAUCUUUGCUUUAUUUUAUAGUAAGCAUUAUUAUUUCUUAGCAUUUUUUGCAAAAAUUUGCAUUCCACAUUAUGUAAUACUGUACUGUAGUCCUGUUGAAGUCGUUCUUCAGUUUGAAACAAUGUUGUAUUUGAAUUUAUUUAACAUUACAAGCAUCAUCUAUAAAUAUGCUUCAAUGUCAAGUACACUGGAGAGUGGUAAUGAAAAAAUCUUGUGAUGAAAACACCCCAGCCAAAACUAGUGCCUGUCCACAGAUCACUGAGUGCAAAAAGGCAAAGCAAUAACUGCUUCAGAUAGAGCUCGAAGCAAUUUUUCCCAAAUGUAAUAAUUCAGCCAAUUAUGGUGAGUGCUGUUGUAUUGGAAUACUAGAUAUUUGUUUUGUUUGCAUUAUAUAUAUAUAUAUAUAUAUAUAUAUAUAUAUAUAUAUAUAUAUAUAUAUAUAUAUAUAUACACACACACACACACACACAUACAUAUAUGUACAUGUAAAAGUGUGCAUAUGACGAACAAGGUGGAGGUGCUGGAGGUGUGCACCCCUCCCAAAUUUCGAGGAGUCCUGAAAAAUCCAGUGUUUAUCAAAAUUGACAAAUGAAUGCAAUGAAUUUUUUACGUUUUAGUGGGAGACCUGUAUUAUCAUGGGCAGUUUGGUGUUCAAGAAGAUUGCGAUAUAGAUUACAAGAACAGUGAGAUUUAUCACUUUCCAUUACCGCUCUUCAGGGUGAUUAGGCCUUCGGUCACAUUGUUUUGCUUUUGAAGUUAUGUUGCUUACAAAAACUAGGAAGAAGUUAUGAAAAACACCUAGUGAUGGUUAUGGAUAUUACAGUGUUUUUAAGAGUAUUGAGUUUUUGAUAUAAUAUAUAUGUAUACAACAGAAUAUUAUAUUUAUUAUUUAGAUCAUAGAUUCCAAUAAGCAUUUUUUAGAUUUUUAUUUUCAUUAAAAGAAUAAAGUAAAAAUUGAUGUUGA